AUGCCCCUGGCUGAAUUCAGUCAGCUUGUUGGUUCUUGGCCAUUGGGUGAGGCAAUUUGUGAUAUGUACAUCGCGUUUGAUGUGCUGCUGUGUACUGCAUCGAUUCUCAAUCUGUGUGCCAUUUCAAUCGAUCGAUACUUGGCUAUUAUUCGACCUUUACAGUAUGCAGCUAAACGAACACCUAAACGAAUGAUGUUGAUGAUUGCCAUUGUUUGGUUAGCAUCUGCUUUGAUCAGUAUUCCACCGAUGUUUGGAUUUAAGGAAACAUUUGUCCCAGGCAGAUGUGAAUACAGUAGCAACAUCAUCUAUCAGAUAUAUGCCACAUGUGGUGCGUUUUAUAUCCCCCUGAUAGUGAUGAUCGUACUGUACGGUCGUAUUUUUAUGCUAGCUCGACAUAUGGCUCAUGAAGAUGCAAAACAGAAACGAGUAACCGAUUCCGUCGCGAAUCAGUCGUCAUCGGUAUACACGAAUCGCAACGGUGGACGGCCAAGUACGGUACUAUCAGAUGAUUUUAAAAUGCUUGGAGAUCAGAACGAUAUGUAUGACGGGACUGGAACUGAACUUCCGAAUCAACGGAAUAGUCCGAAUCAAUUAUUCCGGCGUUCCCAGUCACAAGAGAGUAAAACCACGAAAUCUGUGGUCGAACGAUAUCCUCUACCACCAUCAGAAUUGUGUCGAAGACGCAAACCAAGACCCCUGCAUCGCAACACAAUCAAUGAGUGUCAGGCACAAGCGGCAGAGUUUUACUUAGAAGAACAGCCUACCGCUCCUUCGCAGUCCAAAUCCACCGUAAGACAUAUCGAUAUCCCACUUACAAAUCGUGACUCUAUCAGUACAGAACCUAAAAGCCCGUCCGGGUUGUCAUGUGCUGAGGAAUUUGAAGAGCGUGUGAAAACAAUGAGAAAGCUGCGGGCGGAAUUUUUCGCCGCUCCACCGUCCCGACAUUGUAGUUCAGUUAUUCUAAACCUGAAUCGGGAGAGCAGUGCAUCGCGAGAAUCUGGCGUACGACCGCUCACGAAUACAAACACAGAAAAUACUGGAACAGAUGGUGUGGAACCCAGCCAACAGCAUCGUUCUCCUUUACAUCAUAGUCAAACCAUGCGUGAACCCCCAACUGCAUUGUUACUCGACUAUAAACCCCAACCAAGAAGUUCGAUGCCACCACCGCCAAAGUUAUCUAUAUCAUACUACUCGGAAGAUCCAAGUAUGAUUGCAAGUCCAUCGCAAGUGUCCGAUGCUAUGACCACAUGGACAAUCGUUGAGCAAGAUCGAGAUCAGUCCUCGAAUCCGGUACAUUCUCGCCCCGGAAAUCAACCCAUCCCGCGACCUCGUCCACGUCCGCUGCACGGUGCACGUCGAUCUGUGACAAAUGCUGCGGAUUACGCAAACAAAGACUACUCCGCCCGCCAUAGUCUUCUCGGAUUGCCUUGUCGAGGACAUCACGAUCGUCGCAGUAGUAGCCCGUUGUCAAGUGAACCAUUUGGAUGGAAUAAUAGUCCCAUUAGUGGAGCAAAUGGUAGGGGUUCUGAAACUGGCCACUUGGGACCAGGGCAUAAACAAGAUUCCCCGGACCAUCGACCAUCAUAUUUGGAACGUUCGACUAGUCGUCUAUUUCACCGCACCUCUGAUCACACGCUCAAUCCCCCUACUCGUAGCCGAGCCCCGAGCUGGGCUAGUAUACGCGUUCCAUUACGAAAACGUCGUGCUAGGGGUCACAGUGAAACUAAAGCGAUCAAAACACUCGGUGUGAUUAUGGGAUGUUUCUGUUUAUGCUGGGUGCCAUUUUUUAUCAUUGCGAUUCGUUACACAUGUCUGGUUCGCAAUUAUACCCGAGAGAAUCAAACCGUUGUGUUAUGCUCAACUGAAGGUGAGAAAACGCCUAAACAACGAGUUAGUAAUGGAGAUCGUUCCCAAAACCAACCGCGAAAUCGGAACUACACGUUUAUGAAUUCCUUGGCAAAGGAUUAUUGGGCGGAUGUAAAGUUCUUGUUGACGAAAACCAACCUCGAAACCGGUAAAGACCCUUCGAAGAAACAUCUUUCAGUGCCCCUUCAAAUAGUGUUCAGACAUGGGCAGCGUUCUUAA